UCUCUCUCUCUCUCUCUCUCUCUGUGUGUGUGUGUGUUAGCGUGUUAGCCCUCAGUGCUUUCCAACCUAUUUGCUACAUUGCAUGUUGUGGGGAUAAUGGCAGGAAUGUGUAUUUAUGGGUGAACAUUGGUGGUGUAAGUGAAGCCAGAAUGGUUUUGUUGGAGGAGACUUUUCUACCCUUAUACCGCUUAAUUAUAUUUGCACAUAUUGAAAAUGUUUCAUUAUUGAAUUUGUCGUAUUGGCUUUCUGGUAAACCAAUCAUAGCAAAAACAAUAUUUGCUUGUGGGAUAUGGGUCCUACAGAUCCCGCCUUCAACCUUUGUUAUUGCACUAGUACUUCUGUAUGAUCAGAAUUGUAAUGCAGUGUUGCUAAUUGGGUAUGCAUUGUGUUGUUUCAGUGAUGUCCUCGCGCUCCCAAUCUUUAAACAGGAAGAGCCUCAACUCUCCCCUGAGAAUGACACAAAACUCCCUCCAUUUCAGUAUGUGCUCUGUGCGGCCACAUCCCCUGCUGUGAAGCUUCAUGAGGAGACACUGACUUAUCUAAACCAAGGUCAGUCUUAUGAAAUCCGUCUACUUGAGAAUAGGAAAUUGGGAGAGUUUCAAGAUUUAAACACAAAAUAUGUAAAGAGCAUCAUUCGUGUGGUUUUCCAUGAUCGCCGUCUGCAGUACACAGAGCACCAGCAGCUCGAAGGCUGGAGGUGGAGUCGGCCAGGAGAUCGCAUCCUUGACAUAGAUAUCCCACUGUCAGUCGGCAUCCUAGAUCCCAGAGCCAGCCCCACACAGCUGAAUACAGUAGAAUUUUUGUGGGAUCCCUCUAAGAGAGCAUCAGCAUUCAUUCAGGUGCAUUGUAUAAGUACAGAAUUUACUCCGAGGAAACAUGGCGGAGAGAAAGGCGUACCCUUCCGGAUACAAAUGGACACAUUCAAACAGAAUGAGAAUGGCGAAUACACAGACCACUUGCAUUCUGCAAGCUGCCAGAUCAAAGUGUUUAAGCCUAAAGGAGCAGAUAGGAAACAGAAGACAGACAGAGAAAAAAUGGAGAAGAAAACUACUCAAGAAAGGGAGAAAUAUCAGCCAUCCUAUGAUACAACCAUUCUGACAGAGUGUUCCCCGUGGCCAGAUGUGCCUUAUCAAGUGAACAACGCUCCGUCUCCAAGUUACAACAGCUCUCCAAACAGUUUCAGCCUUGGAGAUGGCAACAGUUCUCCAACUCACCAAGCGGAGCUCCUGCCUCUCAGCAAUGACCAUCUCCUUCCCUCUGCUUCUAUUCAAGAUGCUCAGCAGUGGCUUCAGCGAAAUAGGUUUAGUCCAUUCUGUAGACUCUUUUCAAGUUUCUCAGGUGCCGACUUAUUGAAGAUGUCCAAAGAUGACCUUAUUCAGAUUUGUGGCCCAGCUGAUGGCAUUCGACUUUAUAACGCCAUUAAAGGAAGGAACGUAAGGCCCAAGAUGACCAUUUAUGUAUGUCAGGAACCUGAGCAAAAUCGGUCUCACCUUCAUCAAAAACGAGAGAAUGGAGAUGCUAAUCUGUGUAUAUACCAUGCUAUCUUCUUAGAAGAGCUGACAACAGUGGAAUUGAUGGAGAAGAUUGCAAACUUGUACAGUAUUUCACCACAGCAAAUAAACCGAAUCUAUCGACAAGGACCUACAGGGAUCCAUGUAUUGGUGAGCAAUGAGAUGGUACAAAACUUUCAAGAUGAAUCUUGUUUUGUCAUCACGACGUUAAAAGCUGAAAGUAAUGAUGGCUACCAUAUCAUUCUGAAAUAACCCUCUUCUAUGUAUGAUGGGACUUACAACAUUAUGAUGCCUCACUGCAACCCAGACUGAAAAGAUGGAAGACACAUUUGUAUAAAAGUGUUCUUAUUAACUGAAUGGCCUAACAGAAAAAUUAAAGUGUGUAAAUUUCAGAGUAUUGGGGGACUAGACGUGGUUUUCACAGUUCAUCUCAUUAUUGUUUUGAAUUGCCUUUCCUUUUUAGAACUACCUGUAUGCAUUUUUGUCCAUUCUUCAAAACCAUGUGCCUUAUUAAAACAAAACUGACUUAAUAUGAAAAGCACUUCUCCCAAACCUCCAGUGACUAGCAUUAUAAAGGCUGAUCAUCCUGGUUACAAAUGUAGCUAAAUGUAUAUACUGUACUACUUUUCCUUCUCUUCCUAGGUAAUAUAGAUAACCAGACAGCUAUGGAUUCUUCCUUCUUAAAGCAAAUUUGCAAUCAUCAUCUAAGUUCCUAACGAGGGUAGUUACUUUCCUGCAUGCUUUUUGUUGUUGUUGUUGCAUCUGACAACAGACCAAGCAGAAGCGCUAUUUCCACCCCCUUUAAUUAUUCUAUAUAACUCUUACUUGCUCAUUUUAAUUAGGUUGCUUUGUUUUAGGACUUCAAAUUGAAAAAAGGACAAACCAGGGCAAAUUUUGCCCUCAGCUGAAUUGUGCCCCUCAUUUGUGGCAAUGAUAUCCCCCCCCCAGUAAAACUCAACAGCUACCACUGAGAUCUACUGGAGAAAUGAAAAGGGCUGACUGAAGAAAUGGGCAGGUUUUUCGGCACAUCCAGGUUGCAGUUGCCCCAUGGAACUCAGUGAGAGAUUUAACUUUGGAAGAAAGCACACUAGCUGUGUGUGUGUGUGUGUGUGUGUGUGUGUGUGUGUGUGUGUGGAGAGAGAGAGAGAAGUUAUAUAUGAGGGGAGAGGUUAGCAAAUACUUAUCCUCCAGGGCAUGGAGCAAGCACUGACCCUCAUCCAGUAAUGCGUUCACAAACUCUGGUCUCCUUUCUGCUAUAAAAGUAAACUGGUUCCAUUCACUUGUAUGACAGAAGGUUAUAGGUUUGGUCAAAGAUCUCUCACGUGCCUUGGACUUUGCUUAUGGCUGUGAGCAAUGUUUCUUCCUCCUCUUCUGAACACUCUGGAUUCAGGCUCCUUGCUUGCAUUCAAAAGCUCUCUCUAAGGGAAAGAGGAAAGAUGGAAACUUUGCAUUCCUCUCCUCAUGCCUACCCUUCCCUGCCAGUUGUAUGUGCAUAUCAUAUGCCUGCUUCACCAACAAUUGUAUGUUAAGCUUCUUAAGUUAAUAAGGUCUGUGCUAUUUCCACUUGCAUCUAUGGAUUUGAAUAUUCUCCAUUUGCUUUUAAGAAACAGUUGCACCCCAUCUUGUUUUUUUUCUUUACACCCCAUCCUGCUACCACAUCUUCCUUUUGAGUACGGAUUAUAGAAGCUUGUAUAUGGAUAGGUAUAAAUAGAGACACUCAUGGUCCUAACUUUAAAUAUUUAAAGCAAAAGUCCCAUAAUUUGGGGGGCUGUUUUAACAUGGCUCUGAAGUUGUCAGUAAAACUAAGGAAUCUUGCAAAUUUUCAUAAUACUUAAGAAGUUAAAUGGAAGUACCAGUAUAGUAAUCAUAAAGAAGUAUAGGAAGCAAAAUAUUCAGAAAGAAUAUUGAUUUCUCAGUUGUGCUCCAAUCCAAGAAUUGGGUUUAAAUGUUUUCUCUUACCCAAAUUACCCCCUAAGUGAUUCUAAUGUAUUAAUGUAGUUUCAGACAUUAAUGUCACAGGACAUACUGUCAUAAAGGCAGUCAGCUACUUCUGUGGCAAAAUAAGUCUAAUUACUUUGCUGAUAUGAGUGCCUUCUUAUGAUGCUCUUUUCUAAAAUGUGUGUUUUUGUUGUUCCCCUAUCGUCUAUUUGGCAACUGAGGCUGCAAUCCUGUACCCGCUUAUCUGGAAGUAAAGUCUCAUUGAACUCAAUGGGCCUAAGCUGCUGAGUAGACAGGAGUGUGCAGAUUGUGCUGUGAGGGGUCUUAUGAAUUUUUUUGUGUAUAAGUAACGUUUCCCUCUACUAAUGCUGUAAAGAAUGUUAAGCUGGACGGACACACGCACAGUGUUAUGCGGCCAGCCUAUCACUGAGCUGGACACUUGCGCCCUGAUCCAUUGAGUGCAGUAGGUGUGCAGAAGCAGGCUUCUGUGCUAUGAUUCCCUGCGGCAUCAAGAACCAUGCAUACAGAAGAGUAAUGCACAUGUUGGAUAAGGGCACCACCUGCAGUGCUGGUCACUGAAGUAGGAUGGUGUGUUUGAUGGCCAACAGAUGGCCAACACCCAGAUGGAUUGGCAAGACUUUAUAUAGCUGCCUCCUCUAACAUUUGCACAUGGCUCAUUCCUCAUGUGCAACAGUGCAUGGGGCUCCUUCAAUAAAGGAGAACUAUUGCCUUUAUCUGACUUGUAGAGUUAAGAGAAACAUAAAAAAUAUUGUUAUACUCCCUGAAUGGCUCUAAUAGGCAGAGCUAUCAUAGAAUAAUGUAAAUCAUGGUUCAAAAUUACAUUUAGCACAUUUGUAAUUUGAUGUGUUUCACAGAAGUAUAAACACUACUUUUGGUAAAGGAAAUCCUGACUUGCUAUUCUUUAAAAUAAUAAUAACAACAGCUUUUUAUAGCAGAUGGGUAGCUAACUAUAGAAAUAGUCUGGACAAAGCUUGAUAUCUUUUAAGUUAACAAGUGCUGAGCUGUUGCUGAGCUGUCUGUGUUAAUAUAACAACACAUUUUCCCUGGCUUAUUUGUACCUCUGAAAUACUGAACUAGAAUUCUUUAUAGUCCCCCAAAGGAAGAUGACAAGACAUUUAUUAGGUGGAGUUAGCAUUAACGUGCCGAUUACCUCUACACGCACAUGGGGAAACAUUGUUUGCCAAUAUUCCAUUUCACUGUCGCUGUAGUCUGGGAUAAGGUGUGUGAACCUCAUUUUGGGACUGGAGUUUUCAGCAUGCACAAGGAAGUUGACUAACUUUAAUACUUUUUAAUAAGCCUGUCUCAGGAAAAGCUUUAAAUUAGUGUCUCCCCACCCCCAGCCCCCUUGCCAAAUGUAUAUUUGUGUGUUUUGUACUCCACUUUGUUGUCUUAUGGAGGGGGGGAAAAGCUCUUAAGUCUCUCUUUUAAAAAUUUAAUUUCUUUUGUUUGAUUGGGGGUAGGUAUUUCUGUCUUUCAAAGGGUUAUGGGAGUUUUCUUUACCUGUAAUGCAGCAACCAUUUAAAUGGGUGUGAUUUAAAUGAAGUGGGGAAGAAAGGAGGUCAAGCAUAAAGAGUUGUGAGUAUACUGCCAGAUUCUCUCUUGGUUUUUAUAUAUAGAUUUUUUAAAGAAAAAUGAAAACGAAACCUGCAUAUUUUGCACUGGCCAUUCUACUGUUGUACAGAAGAAAAGACAAAUCUGUAUUUAGACUCUGUGCUCCAGUAAAAAUGCAAAUAAACUUUGUAAGAAAUACCUUGCACUUUUCAAGUAGAUGGAUUGUGUAUUUUCACCUUUAACAUUUAAGUACCUCCUAUUUGGGUUCACUCUUGCGACUUCAGAACCAACAUCAACAUCAGGGCCUGCUCCAGUUGGACUGUCCGCUAAACACAUACAUGCAUGUCCAGGACCACCUUUAUAUUUCAUAUACUAUUAUUUGUUUUAGUAGUUCCAAGAGCUAUGAAAAGGAUUUGUCAGAAAUGGGCCUAUUUCAGGAGAAGAGAGUUUAAAGGGUAUUACAGAAGGCCUUUGAAUGGGGAUGCAUUGGUGCUAGAAUUAUGAUAGGGGGUGGGUAAGAUGGUAGAGAGGCCCUUGAUGAAAUUCACAAGCACAACCUCUGUAUAGCCUCGUUAAGUUGCUGUGGUGUCACAAAAAGUAAAUUAUGGUUCCCCUUGCCCUACUGGCUUUCAUCAACACUCUGGAAAUGGGGACAUCUGAACAGGAAACUGAAAGAUCCUAUAGAGGUGUAGCCGGUCAUUAAAAAAUGUUCAUGGUGACUGGCAUAUUCCCCAGAAUCUGGUACCUGCUAUGGAAGGUUUUUAGCCUGAAAACUAAAAAGACCUUGAAAUCAAACUAUUGCCACCCUGGCUUAUACAAAGUCCUUAAUAAUCCAUAUUUCCAAUCUAUUCUAUGUCUUUGUGAAAACUCCUCAUUAUUGUAGCCAUAAUAAGUAGCCCUAGUCCCAUGGAGUCAAAAUAAAUUGUUUCAAUUUAGUAGGUUUGGGCUGCAGAGCUGUUACUUGUUUUUGAUGUUUCUACUUCUGUAGUGGCUCACAGUACUCUUUAAAACAGCAGUGGGCAAACCUUUUCAGCAGGGGGCCAGUCCACUGUCCCCCAGACCUUGUGGGGGGCCGGACUAUAUUUUUUUGGGGGGGGGGAAUGAUGCAAGAGUACCACGAGCCCUGGUGGCUGCUUACCUGUGUCUUGCAAGCGGCAGGGGCUGGCCGCGGCAGGACAAAGAGCGGUGUGCGAAAGGGCUCCGGUGAAGGGCUGCUUAAAAUGGUGGCAGCUCAAGCGCUGCUGCUGCUACUGGCACCAACAAAGCCCAGCCCCCUUACUCCUCUAGGCAGGGCGGGGAGAAGCCAGGAGGAGGGGGGGGGAGGCACCGCUGUGUGAGCGAGAGGGAAAGAAUGUGUGCUGGUGAUCCACCCACAGUGAUUUCCGGACCGUCCACAGGCCGGAUCGAGAAGGCAAUUGGGCCUGAUCCAGCCCAUGGGCCUUAGUUUGCUGAUCCAUGCUUUAAAAGGUUGCUUAUGAAAUACUCUUAUAUACUCACUCCCUCAAGUCAUUAAAAUUUCUGGAGGCAGCAGGACCUCCCAAAGUGCUUCAACUUUUGAUAGUGUACAGCAGGCAUCCUCAAACUUCGGCCCUCCAGAUGUUUUGAACUACAGUUCCCAUCAUCCCCGACCACUGGUCCUGUUAGCUAGGGAUCAUGGGAGUUGUAGGCCAAAACAUCUGGAGGGCCGCAGUUUGGGGAUGCCUGGUGUACAGUCUCUGCCUUCAAAACUGCCCGUUUUUCCCUCCCUUGAUCUCUCUCUCCUGUAUACACCCACCCACCCACCUGGAGAAGUGUUGGCUUUUAUAAGCAUCUCACUGGAAAACAGAGCCCCAACCAACAGAGGACCCUGUCUCCUAAUCACUGUGUUGGAUGAAGACCUCACUCCCAAUGGCAGGAACAUCCCCUGGGUAGAGUUACAAGGAAGGGUUGGCCAGCAGCUGUAGCAAUAUGAAGGAGAACACUUGAAAGACAACCCAGGGAAUAGUAAUAAAAGUAAGAACUCACAGCAGCCAUCAAAGUCCCUCCCCACCCCCACAUUCACAAUGCUGCUAACUAAUUUGUUCCAAAUACUCCAAAUACAGUGUCCAUGAUCUCACUGAGAAUUAAGUACUGAGAAGUGUCAAGCCGUAAAACUCAAUUUUGUUGGGGGGGGGGGGCUGGCGGCUUUUAGAGCAUUUGACGGCUUUCUUUGGCUCCAUGAGGAGGUUUAGAAAUGGUUCAAGAUGCCAUGGAAGCAAACAAAAUGCCCUUGCCAAACUCUCUGACAGCAGAUUUAAGGGGGGGGGGAAAUAGAUUAGAAAGCCACCAGAAGCCAAUGGCUAUAAUUGGAUUAAAGUCGAACAGAUUUUUUUUAAUAUAAAGAAUCCUUCAUAAAAUGAGGAAAGAAAUAUUGAGGUUAGAACAACUUAGCCAAACCUUUCCACUAAUCCGCUUUAAAUCUACGCAGCAAGCAAGCUAUGUUUUAAACUUGAUUUUUCGCCUUGUAAUAGUACAGCUUUUCAUUAGGGGUCAGUAACACAGCCCACAGUAAUUGAUGAACAGCACAGCAGUACAUACCAAUGUACCUUACAAACAAGGCUAACUACAUAUUUACCGUAUUCUUCCUCUGGGUUAACCCCAGCUUACUCUACUUUCACAAUGUGUCUCAGAGAUGUCCUUGUAAUUAACAUGCCACAUGUCCAUUUAUUAACAUAGGCUGCAAUCCUGCAGACCGCCUAUGUGGGUUGGAAGCCCCAUUAAACUCAACAGGAUUUACUUCUCACUAGAAGUAGAGGAUUGCAUCAGUCUCCUAUAUGCAGCAACCUGGGAGAAAAUCCCAUUGAGCUCAGUGGGGUUUACGUCUGAGCACUAGUGCAGGGUUGUUCAAUUUUUGUACAAUUUGUUCCUUUUAUUUAAUUUUUGUUUGGAGAACAAUAUAUCUGUAUCAAGUUGAAAAACUUAUGGGUGCAGUAAACAUGUCAUAGGUUCGAGUCAAUCAGUGCAGUCCACAACUGGAUUCCGCUGCAAAAACACAAAAUGGGAGGGCAGUGUCUGGCCCCAAGUUAGGGCUAAGUAGGGCCAGGACCAACUGCUGAAGAGAAACAGUGCCCUGGAACAGGCCUCCCCACAGCAGAGUCACUGCCACUAUUUUUUUUUACUGUAUUUAUUUUAACAAAAAUAACGCUCGGUUGUAAAUAAAUCAAUCUUUUCAGUUGUUUACAAAAAAUAUAAGCAAUGGGCUGUGGAGUUUAGUGCUGUGCAGGCACACUGGCAGAGCCAAUCUGGAACUCUUGCCAAUGAAUGUGCCCACACAGCACCAACCUCCCUGCCCCCUUGCUGCUGCUCUUCUGGGAUGGCUAGGUGCACACUGGGAUGCUGCAUGUGCAGUGCCAAGUCUCC